UUGAAGAGUCUGAUGUCAGAAAUUGUCAUCCAGAGACAAGACAUGGAAAAUCAACUGAAGCCAGAGACUUUGUCGGAAAAGAAAGAUCUCUUGAAACUAAAAGCAGAACUGGAUCAAAAGAGAGAAGAUCUGGAAAGGAUGUCUGAGAAGAUGGACCAAGAAAAACUGGUCUUGAAUCUGAUGAGAUCUGAAAACCAGAAACAAUGUGACCUAUUACAACAAGAUGAACAAGAUAUAAAAGAGGAAAAAGACAAAUUGAAACUCACAAAGACUGAACUACAACAGAAGAAGGAACAUGUCGACAGUCUGUUGGAUGACAUAAACAGAGAGAAAAGCAACAUUAAAGAUCUGACCCUUCAGCUUCAGACACAAAGAAACACACUUGGAAAUGUCAUUGACAAGGUCACGUUAAAAGAAAAAGAACAAGAGCUCCACGAUGACACCAUCAGAAGACUGAAACUAGAACUGGAAAACAGAGAGAACAGUGUACUAACAGAAAGACAAGAACUGGAAGUUGGGAGGAAAAAUAUCAACAAGACCAAAGAAGAAGUUGAAGCUACUAUGAACAACAUCAGUGGAGAGAGAGAACGCCUCAGUCAGAUAAAGACUGACAUCAUCAGAGAGAGAGAAAUGUUUUUGAAUGAAAAGGACAAACUGGAAAGAGAAAGGUCUGAGCUGAAAAUAAGAGAACAUGAAGUCAUCAAUAAAAUGAAAGUCGUAGAAACAGUGAAAGUAAAACUUCAACAGCUAAAUAUUGAGAUUAGUGAAAUCAAAGGGAAGAUGCAAAGUUUACAACAAAACAAUGAAGAUGUACUAAUACUGUACACUGCACUGGAAGAAAGGUUCACUGAACUUGAAGGACUGAAACAAAACAUGGCUUGUUACACUGAGCUGUUGGGCAGAGACAAGGAAGGUCUGAUACAAAUACUGUCAGACAUUGUCAUCCAGAAAGAGGACUUUGAAAAUCUAUGGAAACAAAAGUUUAGGGCCGAACAACUACAUCUUGACAAACUGAAGACAGAGAUGAAGGAGGAGAGAGAAGAUCUGGAAAAAGUGAAUGAGACGAUGAACAAUUAUAAAGUGGACUUGGAGCUGAUGAGAUCUGACAUCCAGAAACAAACUGACCUAUUACAACAGAAUAAACAUUAUUUGAAAGAUGAAAGGCAGAACUUGGAAAUGACAAAAACCGAGUUACAAAAGAAGAUAAAACAUGCAGACAACCUGUUUGAUGACAUAAACAGAGAGAAAAGCAACAUUAAAGAUCUGACUCUUCAGGUUCACACACAGAGAAACAAACUUCAGAAUGUGAUGAACAUGAUUGCCUUGAAGCAAAGAGAGCAAAGUAAAGGAUAG